UUUAAACAAAAAAAUGACAACAGAGGCAACUCCCCUUUCUUCUUCAGAAACAACAGAACACCCCCAAUUUGUUGUUUUUGAAUUACCCACAGUCUUUAACCCUUUAACAAUUCCAAAAACUAGUAAAAUUCCAAUUGAAUGGACCAAGAGAGGAGGGACAACAACAACAACAACCCCUUUUUCACCUUUCAAUAACAAAAAUAGUCUAGUUCCUUUUCUGCCCAUGGGUGGACAUAAAAGAUUAUUAGGACAACAAAUAAAUGAGGGCAAUAGUUUUGAGGAAGCAACAGAAAGUAAACUUAGUUUUACUCUUGUACAACUAAAAAAUUGUAAUAAAAAUAUUCCUUUUAUAGUAAAGAAGAAUGAGGAAGAAGAAAAUGGGGAAGAAAUAAAUGAGGAAGAAAAAGAAGAAAAAGAAGAAAAAUUAAUUUUUGACACAACAAAAAAGAGCAACAUUAGCAACAACGAUCGUUGUCAUCGUCGACUCCUUUUCGAUAACCCUCUAUUCAGAAAACUUCCAAAUUGGCACUUUUUUGGAGACGAUCGUCGAUUAACACCAAUUCCUCUAACUAUCCCUCUUCUUCCAAUACCUGUUGAAAGAACAUUGCUUUCAGUUGCUCCAAGCGUUAGUUGGACUAGACAAAUAAUUUUGUUGGGAUUGUUGGACAUAAAAGGUAUUAUUGAAGCAGAGAGAGCAGCGUUUUUACCUUUAGAAGAGGAAUAUGAAGAAGAGAAAAACGACAAUAAUUGUUUACCCAGCUUAGUUUCUUCCACAAAAACAACAAAAACAAUUUAUUCGUCUAGCGAAUCAGAAACAGAAGAGCCUUUACCGCCAGACAGUGUUUGUUGUUGUCCUAGCAGCAGUUCGGGUGUUGAGUCGAUGUAUUCGGGUGAAACAGAGACGGGGACAUCUACACCCCCAACAAGAACAAGAAGUAGCGGCACAAAUACUCCAACAACACAAGAACCUACAAAACUUGAAAAUGAUUGUUUUGAAGAAGAAGAAAAUUCGGAAGAAAUUGUUGAUGACGACCAAGCAGGUAGCAGCAGUGCUGCCAAUUCUGCAACUUCAAGUACCCCAAACUCUCCUCUAACAUUUGAUAGAAGAAUUGUUAGAAUGAGUAGAGCUACUCGAAAUGCCGUUCUAAGACUUUCAAUAUCUCGACGUUUUUGUGAUGAAGAAGAAAAAGAUGAGGAAGAAGAUGAGGGGAAAUACGAGGAAGAAAAUUCUGCACUCACUGAUGAGCAAAUGGCUCUCCGUAUUCGGCAUUCAAGUAGCGGAAGUACUAGAAACACUGAAAAGAGCAAUAAUAUGCUUCAACAACAAUUUCAGCAUUAUUCAUCCAAAGUGCCAAUAAGUCCUAGUGGGAUUUCCCGAAUGGAUGUUUUGAGUGAACGCAUUUAUGACUUUCAUCAAAAUACAGAGCAAAAUCAAAUGCAAUUGAAUCGCAAACUGCUUUUGCGUGAUCAACUUUAUUAUGCUAUAUCACCAAUAUUUCCAUUGUGUGGUUUGUAUAUUGUUGGCUCUUCACUGAAUGGUUUCGGCACUUUACGUUCCGAUUUGGAUCUUUGUUUAAUGAUUACAAAUAGAGAUAUUGACCAAAAAAGCGAUGCUGUUGUUGUUCUUUCUUCUGUUAUGCGAACACUGAAAACUACAAUGUUGGUUGUUGAUCAACAAUUAAUUCCAGCUAAAGUGCCAAUUCUUCGAAUUAAAUGUGGGGGUGCUUUCUCUGAUAUUAUUGUUGAUUUAAAUGUUAAUAAUUCUGUGGCAAUUAGGAACACUCAUUUACUUUGUUAUUAUAGUGCCUUUGAUUGGCGUGUUCGUUUAAUUGUUAUGGUUGUUAAAGAAUGGGCAAAACGUCGAAACAUAAAUAAUGCAAGCCAAUCGUCGUUCACUUCUUACUCGCUUGUUUUAAUGGUUAUUCAUUAUUUACAAUGUGGGGCUAAUCCUCCAGUACUUCCUUCACUUCAAAUGUUAUAUCCUAAACGUUUUUCUGAAAAAAUUGAUGUUCGUCUUCUUAAUGUUUCGCAACCAUUGGAUCCUCUUCCAAGCCAAGUUUGGAAUUUUGAUCAACGACUUUCUCUUGGAGAAUUACUUCUUGGAUUUCUUCAUUAUUAUGCUUAUGAAUUUAAUUUUGAAACUGAUGCAAUAAGUAUUCGAAUGGGACGGAAGAUGGAUAGAGCACAAGCAAUGCAGAAUCAGUCUCCAUUUAAUACACUUUCUCAAUGGCAUUGUAUUUGUAUUGAAGAGCCAUUUACAUUAAGCAAUGCUGCUCAUUCAAUUUAUGAUGAACGUAUUUUCCAAGAAAUUAAAAAGACUUUUGCUGACAGUUAUCACGAUUUGGACAAACAUAGAGAUUUGGAUCGUUUUCUUAGCGAACUUCCUCUUCAAAUUCCAACAAUUCCUGUCAAUUCUUCUCCUUUAUUAAAUGGUAGUAAUGGUAGUGGUGGUUGCGAACCAAUUACUAAAACAGAAACGACGACAGAAAUUGAGAAUAAUUCAAGUGACAAUAAAUUGCAACGAGGGGAAUUAUCACCUUGAAAAAUUUUAAUUAAUUAAAAAAAUAUAUUUUAAAAAAUAAAUAUAUUUAUUUUUUUGUUUUUUUCUUUCUCUAUAUAUUCCAUAAUUUGUUUCUGAUAAUUAUAUUAUUAUUAUAAACUGGAUAUUUUUUAAAUGAAAGUCUGAUAAAUAUUUCUUUUGGUUUUUUAAUAAGUUGGUUAAUCCUUUCAACUGCCUAUUUUAGUCUUCGAAAAAAAAAGCAAAGUCUACACUCGCAU